CGAAGAUUGGCCGCUUGUUUUGUUUACAGAGUUCGUAAACUCUAGACCAGCAGCAGCUGCAGCUUUUCCCGGAGGAGAUUCAGCGAUUUUUCAAGAGCAAACUUUUAUUAUUUCAUAUUUACUGUUUUAUUAAUUGUAUUGUGUUUUACUUAUUAUAUUAUUGUUAUAUUAUCUGUAUUGUCUGUUAUUAAUCUUAUAUAUUUUGUUUUUCAGGUGUCGGAGGCCGGUGAGGGUAUACUGACACCCCGCGGUCCGACAUGGAGUUUUGGCGUAGCGAAGAGCAUCGCAUGGAGGGCACUGAGGAGCUGAGGGCUGCCUGUCUGCAGUGGCAGGGUGAGGGUCCAGACCCCUGGAUGGAGCUCAGGAGGGUCCAGCAUGAGUUCCUCGAGGGGAAGCUGAGGGCCCUCAUUCAGAAGGUGGAGUCUCACUGCGCAUGCGACCCCCCCACUUUCCUGCCUGUUUGUGAGGAGCCAGACCCCUGGACGGAGCUCAGGAGGGUUCAGUGCGAGUUCCUCGAGGGGAAGCUGAAGGCCCUCAUUGAGAAGCAGCUUUCCUGUCCCAGGUCGCAUGUUGUGAGUGUCCUGGUGCCAGUUAUGGAGGCAGCCCCCGCUAACAGGCUGGAUUCUACCAAGCCUGAUAUCCCAGGUCCAGUUGCACAGUGCGAAGAAGCUCCAGCUCCAGACCUCACCACCACCUCUCAUCCAGAGCCAUACAGCCAGGGAGACACUGCACUGUCACCCACCAUUAAUACACAAUGCAGAUCCCUGAAACGCCCUGUCACCAACUUUCGGACCUCCUUUGCGUGUCGUUUCAGGUCUCCUCGUCGAGUCCUGGUGCAGGUAGAAGAGGCAGAUCCCUCUCACCGGCUGGACCUUCAGGACACAAAGCCUGAACUGGAGCCAGUGCCAGCUGCACAGGACAAGGACGACCUGGAGAACGACGUGGAGGUCCUGGAGUUGGAGCAUCACAGGCCAGGAGAGACAGCUCCAAACAGAAAGAGAGGAUGGCUACAGCACCUGCUCAGCUGCUUCAGGUGGAAAGCAAGAAAGAGCUGAAAAGGUGAUCUGUAGAUGAUCUGGCUGUAGA